GGACCCCAAGAUCAACAGCAAUUCGCAGAUGUCUGCCUCUAGUAGUCCAAGUGAGGAGAUUGCAAAACCGCUCCAGACCAGCGAUGGAUUUCGACCUCCACCUCCCCAGGUGAUGGCUAAACCCAAACUUCCACGGGACCAUCUAGCUUUGGCUCUAAGCCAAGGCCUCAGCUCAGAAAUACAGCUAAGUCGGGACUCUCUGCACUGCUCAAGUGGAUACAGCACACAAACCACCACCCCGUCAUGUUCCGAUGACACCAUCCCCUCUCAUGUUGCAGAUUACGAUUACAUCUCGUUACAUGGUGAACAAGAAGAGACAGAC